GGUACUGUUACUUAUAUACUCUGUAUCAUCACUAGAGAAUGUAUAGCAGAAAGAAGAAUAGCAAGAAAAGAGCUAGGAGUUCAUAGAGCGGCAAACGAUUAUGUCACCCACUUAGCUCUGCCUUCCACUCACGCCUACGAUGUAGUCAAAACCUAGCGCCGGUGACAGUCCGUUCACCACCCUCACCUCGGUGAAGGCCCGUCAACUCAUAGACCCCAGACCCCAGCAGACCCAUCACAUUUUACCUAAAAAUGGAGAAACCCUCGGUUCUCAAACCCCGACCAUGCCCGAGACCCAGAGCCGCCCCAUGUCUCCAUCAAACGCACCUCGGGAUUCCCAUUCGCGAACCAGCGACCCAGCGGCGCAAAAAAACAUUUCGCGAAGACGAACGACAGAGCAGCAUCUCUACUAUUUGCUACCGCGUUGUCGAAUUCGUAUGCAGGCAGCAAAUCCCUCUCGAUUCCCGAGCCCCCUCGAGCUCGAUCUACGACUACUGAGACCCAGUAUUGGGCCCAAUUUCCUUAAUGCAUCCCCAAAUCCUCUCGCGCGUCCUCAAAACCCCCCAAUCACUCCCCAGGAUUUCCCCCUUUCUGGGUCCCGUCGUCUCCGGUACCAGCGAGCCGGCAGACAAGUUCUUCAGCCCGAGUCUGAGGCCGAGGACGAAGCCAUUGAGACCAUGGACGGCCCAUAGGCGUUGUAUACGCGGCCGCAGAGGUGAAAGCGACACUGGUGAGAAUGGUAUAGUUAGUACGGGAUAUUACACGUGCAAAACGGCAGCGCAGCAGCACCAGCAGCGGGAGCUUCGCGCGAGGCCCAAACCCCUCAAUUCUUCCUCCAAUCAGCGCCCCACGCCCGCUUCUGACAUCAUGCCGAGCACCGGCGCGAAGCUCCAGCUGGGGCCGCCGCUGCUGCAGCACAUGUCCGUCCGAAAUUUGUCGUCGCAGCCGCAGGCAACACGGACAACAAAGGCGACCCUGGGAAAUAAUGCCACGGCAGAGACAGAGACUAACAACGGCAACGGUGUUCGUGCGGCUGGAAUAGACGCAGGAGCUUCACGAGACGAACAGCCCAGGAUUACUUCGUCUCAGUCAAAGUCUCAGUCCCCCGCCGUUCGUACUACCUCAACCACCACCGCCAACCAGCCUCCUCGAGGGACGGCAUAUUUAGCUAGACAGUCAGUCAUCAUCCACACACAAGAACCACAACCUAUACCUGUACACACACAUACCCUCACUCCCGAGUCCCAUCGCCUCGUGCUCCAUCGCGAAAUCCACGAUCCCGACUUGUUCCCGUCUCCCUCCGUCCCGCCCCGCCUCCCACGCCGGCUCCUACGGCCCCCUUUGCUUUUGCGCGUGCUUGCAGAAACAAAUCCCGUACAACCCCAGGGGCGCUGUCGAUUUUGCUCUUCUCUCCGCGUGAUGCCCCCCGUGGUCCCCCCGACCCUCCCCGUUCCCCAUUGAAGUCCCCAGAGCCCCAGCUUGCUUAGUCUUUAGCUUCUUCUUCUCUUCCUCGGCCCCUCUCUUGUCUCCGUUACCUUUUCCCUCAAGAUACCCCUUGUAUUUGUCUCACUCUUACUCCUACUCCCCUUCUGUCCUCCUUCUCCUUUCCCUCCUCUUCUAGACUUACCAACAACCUACCACAACAGCACCGGCGGCACCGACAACGCAAUGGCCGACACAAGAGAAACCAAGCGCCCGCGCGUGGCCGCAGACCCGGCCGAACAUCUCCCAGCCGGCAUCACAGAGACCCAAGAAGAACUCAAAGAACACUGGUUCGUAGGCAGCAUAGAUCAAGGCACGACCUCGACUCGCUUCCUCAUCUUCAACGGCCUCGGUGACCCCGUCGCAAGCCACCAGAUCGAGUUUGAGAACCACUACCCUCACUCCGGCUGGCACGAGCACGACCCCCUCGAGCUCCUCUCCUCGGUCGAAGAAUGCGUCGAAAAGGCCAUGGCCCAGUUCGCUGAACAAGGCUACUCCGCUGCCAACAUCCGCGGCGUCGGCAUCACAAACCAGCGCGAGACCACCGUCCUCUGGGACGUCCGCACCGGCGAACCCCUCCACCACGCCGUUGUCUGGCCCGACACCCGCACCACCUCCCUCGUCCGCGAACUCCGCGCCCGCCCCGGCGCAGACGCUCUCCAGGACCUAUGCGGUCUGCCCCUGUCCACCUACCCUUCCUCCGUCAAGCUCCGCUGGCUACUCGACAACGUUCCCUCCAUCCGUGAAGCCUACGACGCGGGCCACCUCGCCUUCGGCACCGUCGACUCCUGGCUCAUCUACCGCCUCAACGGCGGCGCAGACAAGGGCGACGACGCGAUCCACGUCACCGACUCGACAAACGCCAGCCGCACAAUGUUCAUGAACCUCCGCACCCUCAAAUACGACGAUACUCUCCUCUCCUUCUUCGGCAUCGACCAAUCCAAGAUCCACCUCCCCAAAAUCGUCCCCUCCUCCGACCCGACCGCCUUCGGCUCCUUUGCUCGCGGCGUCCUCAAGGGCGUGCCCAUCGCGGGCUGCUUGGGCGACCAGUCAUCCGCCCUCGUCGGCCAGUGCGGCUUCUCCCCGGGCCAGGCAAAGAACACCUACGGUACGGGCUGCUUCCUGUUGUAUAAUGUCGGCGAGGAGCCCGUCAUUUCCAAGUCAGGCCUCCUGGCCACGGUCGCGUACGAUUUCGGCAAGGGCAGGAAGCCCGUAUACGCCCUCGAGGGCAGCAUCGCGGUAGCGGGCUCGGGCGUCAAGUUCCUCGUCAAGAACCUUUCUUUCGUCGAAGACUCGUCUCGCAUCUCAGAGCUGGCUGAGACGGUCCCGGAUAACGGCGGCGUUGUCUUCGUGACGGCGUUCAGCGGCCUCUUUGCGCCGUACUGGAUCGACGACGCAAAGGGAACUCUGUUCGGCAUCACAGCGCACACCCAAAAAGGCCACAUCGCCCGCGCGACCCUUGAAGCGACAUGCUACCAGACAAAAGCCAUCCUGGACGCCAUGGCCAACGACUCGGGUCACGCCCUCGAGAACCUCGCCGUCGACGGCGGCCUCUCCAACUCGGACCUCUGCAUGCAGUCCCAGGCCGACAUUAGCGGCAUCCGCGUCGACCGCCCGGCCAUGCGCGAGACGACGGCCCUCGGUGCCGCCAUCGCCGCUGGCCUCGCGCUGGGUGUCUGGGACGAGCUCGAGGACCUCAAGCACGUCAACCAGAACGGGCGCAAGAUCUUCACGCCCGCGCUCGAUAAGGAGACGAGCCAAAAGAUGUUUAAAAAGUGGGAGCAGGCUGUCAAGAUGUCGAGGGGUUGGGUGCGUGAUAAUGCGGAAUAGAGAAAAGUGUAGAAAGCAUCUGAAUUUGACGGUUUUGCUUGGAGUACUUGGGUAUACAGAAAAGAAGAAAGAAGCCUAUUUUUUGGGAUGGUGGUAUGAUAUUGGGGGGAAGUUAUUUUCGUUUAGACAGGAUACCUAUCAAGUCAGCUUCUUGCCUUGCUUGCCUUGUGCACCCACUCACCCAUCCACACGAGGAAGGCGCAAAU